GAAUGCAUGAACAUGGCAAUCGGCCACGGUUUUACAUUAGUUGGGAAGGUCUCGGGCUCCGUGAGGUUUAUAACAAAGAAAAUUCAGGAAAAAUUUAACAUUGGUGGCGAAACGAUGUUCGCCGGGUUUGCUAGUUUAGUGUAAGUAGGACUGUCUGUGCUGGUGGUGUCAAAGCUAAACGUUUCCUCAAGCCCGGAAGCUGGGGACCAGACUGCGUGAAGAUCUACCGCUGUCUACGCUGCUUACCUACACCACGCGUACUGCCUAAUUCAACUUCCCCAGCGCGUGCUCAGCAUCGAAAUGAGAGUGGUCGUAGGUCGCACAUGCGCGGCACGUAUUGCUCGCGAGCUGCGUGCAUCUUUAUGUUAGAUGUAUGGAGUAUGUCUCAUAGUAAAAUUACCAUCGCGCAACUAACGUUUACCUGUUUCCUUAUCUCAAGUAGACGCCGGGAGAGGAGGUACUCCGACUUUUGUUAACUAAAACCUGACCUCUGGAAACAGUGUUCCUGUAGACGACGACACCUCCAUAAAGUUUUGCUUGGCUUGUACUCUACAGUACUUACCUGCAAUUUUGUUUUACUAUCUUUCUCCUACUGUGUAGGUACACGGUACAGCGUCACCUUAGUUCGAAGAAGUUGAUAUGUAUAAAAUAUUUAUACUGAAACAUGUCGGUGAAGGCUAGUGCUGAAAAUCAUCGCCAGGUCACAUUAAGCUGAGUACUUUAUACUUCGAACGAUAUUUCUUUCUUGUAUAAUUCUGGGAGUGUAGAGCUGAUUUUCCUUAACACAGGUCGCUGUGUAAGCUAGCUAGGAAGUCAAUGUUUUUAUUGUUACCGUCAUUGUCGUAAUAAAUAUUUUUUUUUAUUAUCUAUUUAAUAAUGUAAUCGUUGUGAUGAGUAAUCGUAAACAUUAAACUACGCAAAACUCCGACACAGGACCACAAUUUGUGGAUCUGAACAACAUCUGCUGGUUUAACAUGACAUGUGCCUGCAUCGCGACUCCACACGUUGUAUCGUUGCUGCCUGUUGUCUAGUUACUCGUACAAGUGUUGUAUUCCCGCUAGUAAGUAGGUAGGUACUUACGGUAGUGUAGUUGGUGCAGCCUGCAAGGUCGCCACUGGGUUUGAGGAACCGAAUGCAGAACACGAUGAAUAACAAUGUCAAUUUUUGUAUUAAUAUUAAUUAUAUGUCUACGUAAAAUAUAAAUAUUGAUCAUUCAUAUUAAUUGGUUUCUUUUGUUUGCAACUGACGCUCGGUGAAACAAUGCAGUAUCCACGUAGGAGCUGGCCGGAGUGCGCUGGGAAUGGAUAGGAAACAAACCGCUGGGAAGGUCAUACGCAUAAUAUUAUCAACAACUUGGGGUCGUGAUGCUGUAGCGAUGGUUCGAAUGCUCGCCAGAUGGUGGCGGUGUAUGGUACAUCGUGUAGACACCACCACCUGGUGGUGUUGGAAGAAGAACAAAGCGCUCGCGCGGCUGCACGGCGUGAUCGCGUCAUCUCAUGGUUUAUUAGACAGGGUAGCGCCGCGGAGUGCGCACAGUCCGCUCGGCCGAGGCAGCACGCGGGUCGCGCCGCUCACUGGACCAUUUCCACAUACAAGAACAUUAGUAAUGUCCAAGUAGACUUGUUCGUCAGUCUGUCUAUCAGUUUACCUAUCUAGAGUUGUGUCCUGUGAGUGCUAGGAGCUGACGGUUGUGUGUGGAGCAUGACACUGAAGGCGGUGGAACAGGCGACGUCGGGCGCGGCGGCGAGUCGUGUGCGCGGCUACUUGCGCCAGGCGCUCAUGGUGGUGCUGAUCAACGUGCCGGCCGUGUCGUUCGGGCUGGCGGUGGGCUGGGUGUCGCUGGCGAGCGGCGCGGCUGGCGGGGACGGCGUGGACGACGCGCAGGCGGUGGUGGCGGCGGGCACCACGUACCUGGCGUCACUGGCGGGGGUGCCGCUGUGUGCCCGAGUGCUCGCCGCCGGCAGGAAGCCAGCCGUCAUUGCCACUUCCGCUGCUUUUGUGGUAAUUCAUGACACAUUCCUUCAAGUUUUGCAAUAUGGGUAUUCUCCUUAAUACUCAUAGCGGUCCAUUGUAAUUGUAAUACUCUACAUGUGUAUAGUUGUUCCUUACUGAAUGCUCGCACAUUGUCUACCGUAGGCUUGCUGGUGUCUGAAGCUGUGUGGCGGCGGGUGGUGGGUGGUGGCGGCGCGCGCCUGCGCCGGCGUGGGCGGCGCGGGGGCCUGGUGCCUGGCGCCGCUGCUGGCGCGCGAGGUUUGUGCACUGCCAGCGGGGGGCGUGGC